AAUUCUCAAAACCCCUAUUUCUCUCACACACAAAAAUGGCCCUAAAAUUCAACCGCAAUCUCGCCGGAACUCUCUUCUCCGCCGUGGUGAUCGCUUCCUUCUUCUUCCACGCCUCUGCCUCACUAGGCGGAGGAAAAGGCGGUUUACUUGGCGGUUGGAGUCGUAUAACCGACACAAAAGACAGUAAAGUAGUGGAGAUCGGGAAAUUUGCAGUGGAUCAGUACAACGAGGAGUCCAAGUCUGAAUACAAAUCCAAAUUAGUGUUUAAACGAGUGGUGAAAGGAGAAACACAAGUCGUCGCCGGGACAAAUUACCGACUGGUCAUCUCCGCCACAGACGGCGGUCGUCGUAGCCGGAGGGGCAAUAAGUACUUGGCGGAAGUUUGGGAUAAGCCAUGGGAGAAUUUUAGAAAUCUCACUUCCUUCAAAAAAUUAUAAAAAGUGUUUAAUUUUCUGUUGUUUUGGUUGUAAAAAAAGUUGUGUUUAUUGUGAUUGUUAUGUUUCUUAUAUUACUGUUUGAUUAGUGACUUUGUUUACUGUUAA